GAGAGGGCCCGUGUCGCCCGAGCGCAUUCGGGAACUCGUGGAUGAUGGUGCGUGGCGCCGGCUCUUGGCAGCACUGCGCGGCGGCGCCCCCAUGCUGGACUCCGCGGACGUCGCCGAUGACCUCCGCCGCCUCCUCCCCGAGGAGAGCACCGCCGACAUCGUCGCGAGGGUCGCCUCCGCGGUAGACAUACCCGACGACGACUUCCAGAAGGCAGUGGCGCAAGAGCUGCGCGAAGCCAGCCCCCACGCAGCAGCCGGGCGAGACGGAAGCCGGGCGACGCACUGGCAGGUAGGUUCAGGAGACGAGCACUUUGAGCGCCUGCUUGCCACCGCCUUGAAACACUGGCUCGACGGGGAGGCCCCCGAGGAACUAGACGACUUCUUCUCGCGUCAGACCCUGUUCGUGUUGCAGAAGAACAAUGGCGGCGUUCGGCCUAUCGCAGUCGGCGCUUUCCUCGGGAGGCUGGCAUUACGAGCCCUACUCCGGUGCAAGCGGCAGGAGGUUCAGGACGCUGUCAGCUCCAUGCAGUUCGCGCUCGGGCGCGCUGGCGGCGCCGACGCGGCGUUCAAGGCGCUCAGCUUGGCCGCGGCUUCCGGUAACUCCACGGCCGUUCUCAGCUUGGACAUCAAGAACGCCUACGGCACAGUCCGCCGGAGGGCCGCUCAGGAGGCCGUUCGGGCUCGCGCGCCUUGGAUGAGCCCCUUGGUUGACCGCCUGCUCACCGCCACGACCCGGAACGCCUACGACACAGCCGACGGCGACACGAUCUGGGUCGAGCAGGGCACUGGCGUGCCGCAAGGGUGCCCGCUCAGCACGUUCCUCUUCUGCGUGUCCUUGGCCGGUGUGUUGGAAGACACCAGAGAGGUGCUUCACCAGCGAGGCCUCGGGACGAGUCUCGUGGCGUACGCGGACGACCUGUACAUCGUGGAGCCAGCUGCCAACCUCGCGGCCUCGUACGACGCGCUGGCUGCGGAGCUCGCGCGGGUGGGCUUGCAGUUCGCGCCGGAGAAGACGAAAGUUUGGUUGGCUUCACCCGAGGCAGCGCAAACUCUCCCAGCGACGCUGCGUCACGCCGCGGUGCCCGACCUCCCCGUGUUAGGGUGCCCUCUCUACCACCACGACCGCGAGGACGACUUGGCUGCAGGGUUCGGCAACUCCGAACAGGGAAUGCAGAAAGCGGCGGCGCUGGUGCGCACGACGGCGGCCACGCUCAAGGACGCCCGAAAGCGCGGGCUCGGCUGCCAGGUCGCGGGCGCCAUUCUGCGGUACGUCACAAUCGGGGCCCCUCAGCACCUGCUCCGCUCGCGCCUCUGGAGCGAACCGGCGCUCGCGGCCUACGACAGCGCCGUGGCGGACGCGUGGGCCGAGCUGAUCGGCGUCAACCUGACCCCGGAGCAGAUCGCCAUCGGCAACUUGCCGCUUCGCGACGGCGGCGCUGCCUUCGGCUUGCCCACGCCGCGGGCGUCUGCUGCCUUCCUCGCGGGAUGGCGCCACCACCUGUGGCGGCAGUGCGCCGGGGCUCCCUUGUACACAGAACAGGGACUGCGCGCAGCUUUCCCCGGGCUUGCGGCGGAGCUGGACAAGGCGAGAGCUGACCUGACGGCCCGGGCGCCCGCGCUGGCCGGCGACGUGAAAUUCGACUUCACCACCGAGCCCCACAAGCGCAUUCAGAGGAUGAUCAUGGACGCCGUGAACUCCCGGGCGCGCGAGUCUGUCCUCGCCAGUGUCCCGGAACCGUACCGGGCGCGCCUGCGGCAAGCAGGCGGCGCGGGGGCGGGCAGCUUCCUGUGCGUGCCCCAGCCCGGCAACCAGGCAAUCGCAGACGGAGACUGGCGCAUGGCGCUGCGCAGGCGCGUGGCCAUUGACGUCGCCGUGGUAGGCGCCCGCGCUGACGCGCCCCGGAUCCGCGCGGCAGCAAGCCGCGACGGCGCCGCUGCAGCGGAGGAGGAGAGGGCCAAGCGGCGACGCUACGCAGGGCUUGACAUCGCCCCGUGCGUGCUGGAGCUGGGGGGCCGCCCAGGCGAGAGCGCGCAGGCGACCGUACGCAUGCUGGCCGUGAUGGCAGGCGGCGAGUCGCGCGCCUCUGCGCUGGCGGCCGGCCUGUGGCAGCAGGUCAGCAUGGCCGUGCAGGCCACGGUCGCCUGGCGCAUAGCGAGUGCCUACGUGCGUCAGGACUCGCUCUCCCUGGCAGGGUCCAGGGCGGAGAGCAGCGAGGAGGAGAACGAGGGGCAGCAGUAG